AUGGGUACCAAGCCCCCAGCUCCCAUUAUCGCGGAUGACGUAAUACGCUAUAUCAACCAAAUCGUCGAAAUGGCCCAACUAAUUGUAGAUUAUGUCCAACCCGAAGAUGCCGUCUUCCUCCAAUGGUUUGGCAGUGCAACGUAUCAUACCCACGUGAUAAGUGCGUUCCCACUUUAUCUCGUUUUUCUCUCUCUCUAAAAUCCUGUUUACUAACUACAAACUAUAAUAAGAUAUUUUUCGCCGAAUUUCCACAAUCAGAGAACACACUCAUUUUCUCAGUACAUUGAAAAUAGAAGUGAAUGCCGCGUUUGAACAGGACGACCCCGACAUAAAAUAUCAUCACGUCGAAAACCCAGGUGCGGAGUACCUUAAUAAGAAUAAUGGCCAAUCACCUAUGAUAAAGCUUUUCCAACUUUGGAGAAAGCUUUAUCCUUUAUUAGAGACUCCUUUAAUUAUUCCGAGCAGAGAUAUCAAUGACCUAAAUGCGAUGCUAUAUACCCGACAGGGUCUUAUUCUCCACGAAUUGUUUCAUUUUGUUGGAGAUACUAACAUUUAUGACCCUGUGAUGCCGGGAGGAAAAGACCUGCGUAGGUUUUAAAUGGGCGAAAAUCUUAUGAGGUUAUACUAAUGUGUAGUAGCUGGUUUUGAGGAUGGUAGUAUUGUAGAUAUACCGGUGUACGAAGCCGCUCGAGUCAAUGAAGAUAGAGUAUACUUAGCAUCUUUCCCCCCUUUUGUAUAUUUAAGACUAAUAUUUUGUUACAGAAUUUCAUGAGGGAGAAUCUCGAAAAAGCCAAAACAGAGGAUCUGACUUCGAUUUAUGCAUAUGGGGUAGAAGCCUGCCUUGUCUUACCUCAACUAACAGCAGGUCCACUAUAUGCUGUUAGUAUUCCCUGCUUUCUAGUAUCUUAUCCUCUUUCGGCAGUCAUUUUGGUGGGACUGAGACGGUUUUUCCUCCUAUGAAACUGUUUUGCCCGCUAUCUUUGUCUCAAAGCUCGCUAUUACGUAUGAAAAUAGUAAUACUAACUUCAACAUCUUCCAUAGACACAUAAUGCCGAUUCGUAUACCGCCUUCACUUUUGGUACGCCCAUCACUGUUGAACUUCGCCUAAUGACUAUAAUAAUACUAAUUUAAACUAAGCUGUUUUUACGGGUUGGAAUCUAGACCAAAAUUGGGUACCUACAUAUGGACCUUAUAUUGCUCAAUACCAGAGGGCAGCUAAAAGAGAUCCGCUUGCCAACACAAGACCGCCUUUUCGUGACAUGGGACGUGACUCCGCCAUAGUAUACGAAUGGUGGAGCGCGCUUGAUAGAGUAUAG